UAGAAGAGGCGUUGGUGCAAGUUGCGUUAGAUUAACUGAAAAAAAUCCUAUUAAUGUUAAUCAACUGCUGAAAUUGAUAGAAAAAAAAACUAGAAAUUCGUGUCGUGUUAACAUGUAAAAAGUCUUAAGUGAAUAUUCAACAAACUUUAAGGAAAUCGAGUAGCAUGCAAUCAUUUCAUAGUGCAUUUAAUCGAAACCCAUUUUAAAUUGAUUCUAAGCCCGAUUCAAUUGCGAGCUCGUUAACAUAGGCUUUUGUGAAACGUAUGAUAUUGCAAUAUGCUAACUUGAUAAUGUGUUGAGGAUUUUGUAGCAUGUCAGAUUCAGAAGAUAGUGAUGGUGAGGGCGGCCUAGGUAAUGUGAGCCGAGUGAUAAUCCGACCACCGGGCCAUAGUGGAAAAGCGAAACGUGGUCAUUUAUGCUUUGAUGCAGCAUUCGAAACCGGAAAUUUAGGCAGAGCCGAUCUCGUGGGCGAAUUUGAAUACGAUCUUUUUCUGCGUCCAGAUACAUGUAAUCCUCGAUAUAGAUUUUGGUUUAAUUUUACGGUUGACAAUACUAAACAAGAUCAGCGUGUUAUCUUCAAUAUUGUGAAUAUAAGCAAGAAUAGAAAUCUGUUUAAAUUUGGUUUGACACCAAUCGUAAAAUCAUCAGGACGACCAAAAUGGCAACGAAUACCGAAACAUCAUGUAUUUUACUACCGAUCACCGGUGCACCAAAAUCACUAUGUUCUAAGUUUUGCAUUUGCAUUUGAAAAAGAGGAUGAAAUAUAUCAGUUUGCAGUUGCUCCGCCCUUUAGCUACUCACGUCUUCAAGCAUAUAUUUCUGCGCUGGAUGGACGAUUUCAUGAUAAAUUUGAACGCACAACGCUCACCCAAAGUCUGCAACAACGCAAGCUUGAAUUGAUAACCAUUGAUCAUGUGCCAAAACCUAUGAAAAUUGAUUCGAAAAAUGCCAUUCGCGUCAUUGUCGUACUGGCAAGAUCGCAUCCAGGGGAGUCUGUAACGUCGUUUGUUUGUCAAGGUUUUUUGGAGUUUCUUCUCGGAUCACAUCCGAUUGCCACUAUCUUACGAGAAAAUUUCGUGUUUAAAGUUAUUCCGAUGGUUAACCCGGAUGGUGUUUUUCUUGGUAAUAAUCGAUGCAAUUUGAUUGGCCAAGAUUUGAAUCGUGCUUGGAACAUUGCAACGGAAUUUUCUCAUCCCACUAUUGUAGCCAUAAAGAAUAUGCUGAAGGAACUAGAUUCGUCUGAGAGCUAUCAGAUUGAUUUCGUAUUAGAUUUGCACGCCCAUACCACAUCAAUUGGUUCUUUUAUUUAUGGAAAUACGUAUGAAGAUGUGUACCGAUACGAACGGCAUUUAGUUUUUCCAAAACUUUUAUCAUCAAAAGCGGCCGAUUUUUCCAAUAUGAUGUUUAAUGCGGAUGAGAGGAAAAGUGGAUCAGCCAGACGUUUUUGUUGUGAAAAACUAAGCGAUUCGGUGAACGCUUACACAUUGGAAAUAUCGAUGUGCGGAUAUCAACUUAAAGGAACUCAAAUUAUCGCUCAGUAUACGGAAGAUGACUAUAUGCGAUAUGGUCGAAAUAUUGUCAGAACAUUGCUUCAGUAUUAUCGAUUCACAAAUAUACUGACUAUUCCAAUGGUGAAUGAGCUAAAAUCAAAAAAACAUCGACCAAAAACACAUCGCUCACGAUCGAGAAUUCGUCAGAGUCAUGUUAUAAAACCAAGACCAAACACGACUCGAGCAUAUGCUCCAAUAAGUUAUAAUGAUUUAGAGUUAUUGCGCGACUACAGUUCUACAUCGAAUGAGUGCUCACCGACCAGAAGUGGAUUUGGCUCACGUUUAACGAAAAAUAUCUACCUCAAUAUAAAUGCAUUACCAGACCAUCACAAACCCGAUCAAUAUUCAUUGUUAUCAAUUCAUGCGUCAAAGUUUAAGAAUUUGGAUUUCAGCGAUUCAAAAAGCGCAAAAAGCAAGAAACUAAUUGAAGACAAAUGUGGUUUUAGUAACGUUGGAACAACAGACGAACUACUAGUUAAUGUUCCGCCAAAACCAAGCCUAUCGAUCAUUGAUUUCAAUCAAUUGACGCGAGGUGCUUUGGAAAAGGCAAAACGAUCAGCGUCAGAAGGUCGAUGUCGCCACAGUUCCAGAAUUGAUGCAUUCCGCUGACCUGAUCAACAGAUAUGGGAUGAUGACAAGAUGAUUUGAUUCAUGACUUUUUGGAUUGAUUUGAGCCUCAUGGAACUUUCAGCCUCAUAUUUUAUUGAAAUGAAUUCAUAAAAUUGUAAAAAAUUGGUAUUAGAGCUGGGUAAAAUUCAACUAUCUUUUAAAUUUAAGUAAAAAUCUGAAUCUACAAAUAUCAUCCAAGGCUUUUUUCGUAUUAUCUGGAUAUCCAAACGAGCGCCUAUUUAGACGAAGUUUGUUAUGAAAAUCCAGGUGAUCUGGUUUAUUAUUUACUUCUGAUGAAAAACGCUCUUCUCCAAAUAAACUUUCCGUACUCAAUGUCGCAGUAUCUAAUUCAUAAGACAUAUGCAUCUUUUGAGAUGAUUUUUUAAAAUAAUUCUUGACAUGUCACGAUAUAAAUUUUUUUAAAUUUUUAUUUGAGACAAAAAUAGUUUAUAUUACAUGAUUCAAAUUCAAACUUAGGUGUACCACAAAAUAGAGUGUUAAUGGAAUUAUUGCCUCGUUCCUCAUAAAAUUUCAGUAGUUCGUGUUCAUCUAAACGGCUAGAAUAUACUGUUUCAUCAUAAAGUAAGCGUGGCUGAAUAAAUAAACAAUUUUUAAAACUUUUAUCACAAUACUGCACAAUAUGUUCAAAUUCAGAUAAAUAAACAAUUGAUUGAAUGUUCCAAUAUUUUCUAAGUUCA